UUUUCUCUCGACUGAUCUUAUUAUGCGUGCAAGCUAUUCUAAAAUCUCACCAAAGCAGGGCAGCAGAGUCUUAUUUUCUUGGUCCUUAACGGUUUUGAUUCUCUUUAAGCUUCUGCAUUCCUCAUUCACCUCUACUUCUCUCUCUCUUUCUCUCUUUGCUUUUUAUAAAGACAAAAACCCACCCCCAAAUCAUCACCUCCCCCCUUGUGUUUUUCAAUCACUAAUUCUGUUUUCUCAAACUUGCACUACUCCUCUAUCUGGGUCUUUCUUAAUCUCUGGUUCCUUGUUAGUUUUAAAAACCUUCAUUAUCUGGUCCAUAUCCAUUCAUGCUGAUUUAUUAUGACAAUAGGAAUCCCUAAUCUCAGAAUAUUGUCUUGAAAUCUUGAUUUGGUGAAGUGGGUCUGUGGUUUCUUGUGUUCUGGAACAGAAAUAAGGGAGGAGAUUCAUAGUGGUUGGCUUGAAGGCUCUGAUUGAAUCUUGGGUUUUGGGUUUUUUUGUUUUUCUUUUUGGUUUUGUUUGGAUCUGAAUUGAAGCCAUGGGAGGGCAUAUGAGCAAGAGCAAGGCUGCUGCAGCCUCUUCUGCUGUGAGUCUCAACAACAAUUUGCAGUACUCGACUGAAUUGAGCUCCUAUGAAGCUGCUUGCAGGCUCGACGAGGACUUGCGAUCCUACGACAGCACGCUCCAAGCGCGGACCAAUCAUGUCAUCAACACUCUGGCUGUUGGUGUUGAAGUUAAAGCACUUUCAUUUGAUUCCUUGAAGGAAGUUACAGAGUGCCUUCUGGAUAUGAAUCAAGAGGUUGUUAAGGUCAUUUUGGAAUGCAAGAAAGAUAUAUGGAAGAGCCAAGAAUUAUUCGAGCUCGUCGAAGAGUACUUUGAGAAUAGCUUGCAGACUCUAGAUUUCUGUACAGUAUUGGAGAAGUGCCUAAAGCGAACUCGUGAUAAUCAAUUGCUUAUUCUUGUAGCAUUGCAGCAAUUCGACGAAGAAAGCGAAGCUGGAGGGACAGAGUAUGUGAGGACUCUAGAGGAAUUGAAGAAUUUCAAGGCAGCUGGUGACCCUUUCACUGAAGAGUUCUUUCAUAUCUUUCAAUCUGUUUAUAAGCAGCAGAUGUUGAUGCUUGAGAAAUUGCAGCUUAGAAAGAACAAGCUUGAUAAGAAGCUCAAGUACAUUCAUGCCUGGAGGAAAGUUUCAAGUAUGAUAUUUGUUGCAACUUUUGCUGCCGUACUAAUCUGCUCCGUUGUGGCGGCAGCCAUGGCUGCACCGCCCGUGGCAGCAGCUCUUGCAGCAGCAACUUCCAUUCCACUGGGAUCGAUGGGGAAAUGGGUUGAUUCCCUAUGGAGAAACUAUGAGAAUGUAUUGAAGGGACAGAAGGAGGUGAUUACUUCAAUGCAAGCAGGAUCAUAUGUUGCUAUUAAGGACUUGGACAACAUUCGGGUUCUGAUUGAUCGAUUGGAGAUCGAAAUUGCAGCAUUAAUGCAAAAUGUGGACUUUGCAAUUGAAAAAGAAGCUGUGAAGAUUGCAAUAGAGGACAUUAAGAUGAAGCUGGGAGAGUUUAUGAAGAAUGUUGAGGAGUUGGGAGUACAAGCUGAUACGUGCAGCCGCGAUAUCAGAAGAGCUAGGACUGUGGUUCUACAGAGGAUCAUAAAACAUCCCAACCACUAAGAAGGAUGUGGUUCCAGUGACCUUCAACUGGUAACCACUGGUUGUUAUUUCUAAAGCCUUGUCUGAUCUCGUGGUAUAUUAUUUGUUGUAUUUUGGACCCCAAUUGAUGGGAUCCGUGUUUUUAGAAAUUGUUCAAACACUUUUUAUUUAGUUUCACCAUUUUUUUAAAAUUUAGAUAAAAAUAGACUUCUAUAUAGAUUCCAUUUUGAGCAAUACUCAUGUAACCAUGUUAAUAUUAAUACUAUUUAUAUGAGGUGUCUUAGCAGUA